CAAGGCCCAAUUGUGACAAGCAACCCAUGUGAUCAUUGCAUGUGCACCUCAUCAGGAACAGCAGCAUGUGCGGUCAUCGACUGUAUCUACACGGUUUUCGCCCAUUUCUGCCCAGAUGGAACCCUACCCAUACACAAGGAGGGUCAAUGUUGUCCUAUUUGCAAUGAAAC